GCUAAGAAUUCAGCGGCGCCCAGGCCGCACUCCCAGGCGCUCCCAUACCCAAGCCCUGUUCUGAGCUGAGCCCUUUUCGACGGCUCCACAUAGCUCAUUGUGUCUCAAUGGUGCCCGGUCAUGUGCUCGUGGACAUUGUAGAGAGUGUUGGCUGGUAGUUGGUUCAGCGACAUCAUGUCGCUCAGCGGAUUGCUCAGCGCAACAAACCGCUGUUCUGUCACUCCUGACAUGCUUGCGCACGCACGGAUGGUACAAUGGGUCCAUCACACGUGUACUGGGGCCCAUCGAGGUGGCGAGAAACAUAUGCCUUGUCUUGCGCAGGCCACGGCUGGCUUAGCUUCCGACUGUUCGGCACCUUGAGCCUACUACGUGCGCCAACGGGUUGCGCCGUUGUGGGGGCUCGUUCCUCAAUACUGGAGGGCUUAGCUUCAUAGCUCCGACCACACGACGCCGCGCUGUGCUGACUGCAGCAAACCUAGCUAUUCUUGACCUUGGUACGCAUAAUGAGCCAAUAAGGCAUUCCUAAGGACGUUCACAAGUACCAAAAGUUCAACAUGCAAGGAGCGCUGCGCGGUCUCGGUGCUCGGCCGCCGACGAAUUGUGGCGGUGCUUCGUGCAGCGGUCGCGUGGGGCCAUGCAGCGCGCAAUUGAACCCCAGGGGAAUGGUGCCAACCGUGGGUCGAGGGCACCAGCACCGAAUUCUGCCGCCAUGCCGCAUCACUAGUACCCAAAAGGAGCUUUUCCAAUCAAAGGAAGCAAAGGACAUGAAUAUCGAAGACAAGGGCGAGGAUUUGUACAUGGACCUGCCAGACCCCCAGGUGUUUGACGCGGAGAAGGGGCCACUGGAGAAGCGUAUCCAGCGGACAUUUGACCAGGCGGUCAAAGAUGACAUUGUGGACCUCCGAGACACCGAGUACUGGUUCUCAACCCCCGAGGAGACGUGGAACAGCAAGCCUCAGCGGGUGCACUUCAUGGAGCAGGACGAGGAGCCGCUCACGCCACAGGCCUGGCACCCGCCGCAGGAGGGGCUGCCGGAGGGCGACGAGCGGAUCGCCUUUACGGAGCUGGAGGAGGGGCGCGUGUAUCUGGGCAUGGUGACGGACGUGUGGCUCUACCACGGCGUGCAGGUUGACAUCGGGGCCGAGUUCGACGGCCUCAUCCCCUGCACGGAGGAGCAGUGGGAGCUGGCGGUGGACCACAUAGACGUGGGCGAGGUGGUGCUGGUGGAGGUGCACAAGAUGCGGCAGCCGGGCCUGUACCGCUGGCCGCUGCAGCUCAAGUUCUGUGUCAAGGGGCUGCAGGACCUCAUGACGCCGCCUGACGAGUACACCAGCCCCGUGGACCACGGCUGGGCUGUGGACCAGGGCUGGAGCGCGGAGGACAUUGCGGAGGCCGCCGGCCGGCAGCUGGAGGUGCCCAGCUACUUCAUGCCGCACGACGAACAGAAGCAGGCGGAGGACGUCAUCGACGGCUACGGCACCGGCGAGAUGUACUGGCGGUCGUCGCGCUCCGAGCCGCUGGAGGACUACGUGGACGACCCGCUGGAGGACCCCGCGGCGGAGCAGAUGAAGCGGCGGCAGGCGGAGGUGGACGCGGCGGCGGCGGACCUGCUGCGCGGGCUGUGAGCUGGAGGCCAGUGUGUGUGGGGGGGGGUAGAGGCAGAGGGGAGAGGGUGAGUUGGAGGGGGUUGGAGGAGGAGGGGAGAGGAGGAGGUGGAGGAGGCGGAGGAGGAGGGGUUUGGAGGAGGAGGUGGAGGGAUUGGAGGGAGGAGGAGUUGGAGGGGCCCAAGCGGGCGGCGGCAUGACGGUGGUGUGGGCUGUGGAGGCGUGCUGUGCCGCUGGCGCAAGUAUGGCGCAAGUACUGUUGCCGGCUUUUAUGAGGCACGCAUGAUCCGGUAUGCAUUCUGUGCGGUCCGCUGGCAGUUACUGUGGCUCGGUGCGUGUGACUCGCACUUGUGUGGCAGGCGGGAGAGCAGGGAGAGCACCGGGUGAGACGCACGGAACGGGUUCCGCACCGUGUGUGCCGUGUAACCGGUGUAAGGC